AUGUUCAUUCCCAAGGGUGCAGUCCGUAAUCCUCGGAGACGCCAGCGAACAAGCUCGGAUGAUUCCGUGAAGCCACCGAAGGCGAAGCGGCAACGCUCUGUACUGCGACAAACGGGCGAUCCUCCUCCAGAGACAGACAAUAAGGAUACAGAUCUAAUUGAGCCGAUUGCGUCAGUGUCACUUGAGGAUCUCGACCCCGUAGACCCGACCGUCGAUUCACAUCUUCAUGGAAGAAGUACGAAACUAAAUGACAACGCGAAGAACGACAUUGAAGGGACACUCCUUUUGUCCAGCACGGACCACUACACCGUCGAGCAACUCCCAGCUCUACCAGAUCAAAUCAGAGUGUCUCAGUCAGGCCCUUUGAAAUGCUUCUUUACCACCAGCCAUGAUUACGCGCUUGCUUUGACACAUUCGCAUGCAAUUGUCUGGCCAUAUUCUGUUCCGACCUCAGCACCAUCACCCUCGCAAACGUUCACCGUAUCUAUUCCGGAAGCUUCUAGGGACCUCGAUGGACAUGUGCCACUUGGUGUCUUAUUGUCGACUGCCACAGGAGAAUAUCCCGGCCUGCUGGUCAUCAUCCCAUCCACAGGGAAACUUAUCUACUGGGAAACAGUAUCUAGCGCGGCGUCUCUGAGUUUGUCCCGUCAAAAGCAAAAUGGCAUUCAAGGAUCUACCCCUGGUCUCCUCUCUGGAGAAUAUGUGUCCGAGCUUUUGAACUGCGAGCCUUCGGGGAUCAUCGCGACAUUUUCUUCUGGGCGCGUUGCCCACAUCGCCCUUCGAAAUGCCCAGGGAAAGCCACAUCUGUCAGCAAGCUUCCUUCGGACCACAUCUAGUGGAGGUGGUUCUGGCUUCGGGAUUUUGGGAGGACUCAAGAGCGUUCUCGGGGGCGGUUACUGGAGGAAAGAAGUUACAGCUGUUCGGGCAGGCGCAUCCCGCCAGCGAGGGCAACGAGAUGUGAUUAUCAUAACUUCAAAAGGCUUAGUGGAGAUAUGGGACACACACUGGAACCACGGAAACACGCUGAAACGAAAGAUCGCUUUAAGGGACGAGCUUUUGGCUGCACUUCCUGCAGCACAAUCAGCAGACCCGCCGGAGAUCAAAAUCAUGGACUUUGCAUUUGCUGAUUCGUCCGACGCAGAUGAUACAUGGCGAAUCUUUUUACUCGCUGGGCCGGUCCAUUCUAAUGAACUAUCUGUUCUUGAAUUGCAUUUGUCUGAUGAUAAGGCAUAUGUCUUGUCUUCCCAAGCCUUGGAUGUUCAACAGACAAUUCCCAAUCUUUCAGACCCUGCCUGCCAAGCAAGACUGCUCGUCUCCAAAUCGGAAACUACGGCUUUUGUUAUUGUUGGGCAAUGCCUAGUUCUUCUCUCACUCUCAAGUGCAAUGAAAGAAACCCCAACCUCCCAGCUACUCCUCGAUUCCAAUCAAAUGCCCCUAUUCUUUCAAGACACAAUUCACCUCCGUUCGGGCAAGGAACACGAAAUACUGGGCUACGGAUUGGAAGAUCUUGAGUUGGGGAAUGAGGAUUGUGCUAGCUGUGUCGUCAUGAUUCGAAACUUUGGCAUUUUGCGUGUCAAAAUCGUCCCUCGUUAUCAGACUGCCGAGGAUGAUGACCUCAAAGGGAGCCCCUGUCUCACUGUUAAGCACAAGCUUGAGCAGGCGAUUUUCUUUGGCACGAUGGCUAGGAACCCUUUAAACCUUAGCGGUAGUGGCAUCGACUACGCUGCACCUGAAAUUGAGGAAGCAUGCUUGGAAAUUUGUCGUGAAAUCCUUCAUUCUGACUCACGCUUCAUCCCCAACACAACGAUUUCCAUUGAGCAAAAUCUGCGGCUGAGGGCAAGAGCACUGAACGAUCUCGCCUUGCUCUUGCGUCAAAAUGGUAACAAUUUGAGCCGUCCUGCUCGAUGGGAAUUGCUUUGGAGUGCUGAAAAGAUCGCUGCUCAGCGGUCCAUAUCAAAAAUGGCUGAAGAGGGUGCUACAGGCGAAGAGAAAUUCCUGGCUCAUGGGAUAUACAUCCGGUUCGCCAAUGGUUUCUCCCGAGACUCGUAUCGGAUGGAACAUAUUAUCCCGUGGAUCAAGAACGCAAUCAAGCCUCGUCGUGGCAAUUCUUCUAAACAGGCACGAAAGUUAUCGGAGCAGAUACUUGCAGCCAGUGAACUCUUUCUUGCCAUCAUGGAAACAGGCUUCCGUUAUCGUGAAGAGCACGCUGCAUUAUUUGGACUUGGAGAUGACUUCAUUGAAGAUGGAGUACUCGCCGAUGGAUAUGAAGAUUUGCCUGAAUUCUGGACCUCUACGGCAGUGGGCUAUGCAGAGGCAGGUCACCUGCUUGACUGGGAACUUGAUAGCUGCCGGGCUUGGAUUCAACAAAAGACUUCAGAUGCAAAUGCGCCGGAAGGCUCAGUCCUGAAAAGCAUAUCAGAUAACAGUGCUCGUCAUCUCAGAAUUCUUGGCCAGAUGCAUCGAGAACGAACCCGGUGGCUUGCCGCUCAGGAAGACCCAAAAUUGGCAGACGAGGCCAUAUCAAUCGAGCAAGCACAUAUUAAAGAACGGAAGUGGCAGUUAUUCAAGCUUGCGGGGAUCAAUCAUCUCGAGGAUGCCCUUGGCUUGGCUGAGCAGUUUCGAGAUAUGGGUGCUUUAGUUGAACUCGUCAUUGAGCUUCAAGACCAGGUGAAAGGGCAGCAUUCCCUUGACAGCGGUAGUGGUACAUCAGACACGUCGCCGACAGAGGCAGACGUGGACCAUCGAAUUUCGCAGUACUUUGAGAGAUUUGGAGAGCCGUGGGCAGAUGCUUAUUUCUCACGCCAGAUCUCGAUGGGUCAUCCUGGAGCAUUGCUUUCCAUGAGAAGAUACCAGGCCGCAAUCACCCGUUUUCUACGCAAAGCUCCGUUGCAAUACUCCAAGAUUAGCUGGAUCAAUGAUGUAAACGGUGAAGAUGACUAUGAAAGUGCUGCCGCCUGUCUCAGCAAUCUAGCCUUGAACGGCGAAAAACAACUGUGGUGCCACCGUGUACAAAUUUCUCUGGCAAAGCUCAACAAACUGGCUGCAUGUGAAAAGCUGCAGUCAAAAGACCAUACGUUGGCAAGCAUAGACCGCUUUGACGGUUAUAAUUGCAUGGACGAAAUUCAACAGAAUUUAUACCUCUAUGUUCAGCCGGUAUUGGAGGGUGCCAUUGACCAGAAGGCCGAAGCGGAGCUAGCCUUGGAAUAUCUUGGCGGUCACCUUGUUCACGACCGCCCUUCCCUCCACGAAGUGCUGGGCGAAGCUCUUAGCAAGCUUGUCCACCGGAACGUCGUUAGAGCUGAUGGAUUGAUCGAUUUGCUCACACUGAUGGAUCACGAGGUCCCCAGCUCUGAUGGAGAGGGCGAGCUCUUUUUCCAGAGGUUUUAUCUUGCUCUUCAAGUCCUCGACCAAAGUGACUAUGUGCAGCAAGACGCAUCAUACGUUUCAGCUUUACAGAAGCUGAUAUGGCGGCGCUGCAUGACCAAGGACGACUGGGAGGCUCGUGGAAAGGCUGCAGAGGGGUCAAACGGAUCCAUCGAUACGGUCGAUAAUACUUCCCUUUAUCAUACUCUAUGGUUCUGCAGCUCCCAAGGGUCCGCUCAGAAAGCAAUCUACAGGCCUUUCGCUCCGGAGGAUGCAUUGAUGGGUGAAUCUGAUGUCGACAUUCUUGUGUCGCGUCUUCGCCCGGAGAAGAGGGCUCGGAUAGCCACUGACUUGAAGCGGGAGGAUAGCGAUCUACGGAAGUACAUCCAGACUGGGAAGCUCGACUUCUGGUUCCAGCAUAUCUUGGCCACUAUUCAACCACAAGUCUCAUCCCUUACUGAAGUUACCACUUGA